CCCAUGCACUUGCCCACUUGGGUGGGCUUUUUAUAAGAGUUGAUAGAGGAAAGAGCUUUCUGACCUGUAUCUUCCCAUCUAAAAGGAGGAGGAUUGGGAGAGAGAAACUAGGACAGCAGCUGUUGGCUUUUGGGGGAAGCAGGAGUUGGUAGGGGGGGAGACCUGAAAAAGAAAUGUUUAUAAGGAUCUCCAUCCUUCAUUUAAAUGGAGGGCCCGAGUUUGCCGUAGAUAUUCAGGUAAGAAAUGGGUCCCUGGAGACCAGGUCUCCUCCCUCACCACACCAUCCAAGUGUGUCACAAAAGCUCUACCUUCUCAUCCACCCUGGCACCGCACUGCACCCCAGUUCUUUGGCUGAGGGCUCAUGCCACGCCAUGUCUUACGUAACUGUUAAAUGCCUCUUCUCAUCCUCUGGCAUACCCCCUCGGGGUCCAGAAAGCACAGAAGAAGGGUCCUGGCCGAGGGAGAGACUACCAAACUGUGUUGCUGACCAGCCCCCGAGUGGUUGCGCAGUUAGCAACCACCCGACGGACGUGAGGGCAGACUCUGUCUUCCAUCUUCGUCACCAGUGGUUUCUUGGGAACAUCUGCCCUGGAGAUAGAACAGUGCCUCUCAGCUUCCUUCUGUCACUCAGCUCGCUUGGGGAGAUCUUUCCAAAGGAAAAGAGAUGCACGUCACCAGAAGAGCGCUCACCAGGUGAUGGUUUGCCGCAGGAAACUGGGGAGAUCAUCUCCGAAGGGUUGAUACCCGUGUCAGUGGAGGGAGACUACCCAGGUGGAUGCAGGAUUCAUUCAUCUCAGAAGAUCCAGAACCUCCCCACCUCCAUGAUGGAUACCAGUCCGCACAAGCAUUGCUGGAGAAGCUUGCUGGUGAGGUGAAGCCGUCAUGGCCCAGGAGGGACUGGGUUGGUCUCUUUUGGCUUUAACAGCAACACCAACAAUUAUAACUAGCAUUUGUGUAGUGCUUUAAUGUUUACGAUGCAUUUUACACACGUUAUCUCGUUUGAUUUCAUUAGAGGAGAUAUCCUGCAGGCCUUCUGUGGUUUUGACUUGUCUGCGGUCCGUGUGUUUGCCAGAUUCUUUUAGGCCUUCAGAAAUACAC